AUGGCAACUUUCGUACUGGUUCACGGCUCUUUCCAAGGCGGUUGGAUUUGGAAACCCACGGCUGAGGUCCUGCGGAGUCAGGGGCAUACGGUGUACGCGCCCUCGCUGGACGGCUGCGGCGAGCGCAGCAAGCUCAUACGACCGGGCAUCACCAUCGCGGCGCAGGGGCAAGAGGUCGCGGACUUUCUGUUCUACGAGGACCUGAAGGACAUCGUGCUGGUCGGCACAAGCACCGGCGGUCUGGUGAUAUGCAAGAUUGCGGAGCUUGCUCGUGAGCGCAUAAGCAGGGAUUGCGUUCGUGGACGCUCUUGCGCCACAGCCCGGCGAGCGCGUCAGCAAUAUCGUGCAGCGCGGCCCGAAUGCCCCUCCGAUUCCCACGACCGGACUGACUAG